AUGUCUACCCAAACCGUCCGCACCCGCCUUGUCAUUCUCUCCGAUACCCAUACCGCCUCUCCCCUUCCUCCCUCCGACCCCACCCAUGCGUACCGCCUUCCCCUCCCCAAAGCCGACGUCCUCCUCCAUGCCGGCGACAUCACCAAAGUCGGCCACCUCUCCGAAUACCAAGCCAUGUUCGACAUGCUCAAAGCAGCUCCUGCAGAGCUCAAGCUAGUAAUACCCGGCAACCAUGAUAUUACGCUGCAUGAGGAGUUCUACGUUAGGGGGACGGGCAAGGAUAAGCAUACCAGGGCUGGUUGGGGCAUGGAGGAUGUGCAGAAGAUUAGGGAUAUGUGGAUGGGCGAAGAGGCGAAGAUGGCGGGAAUUGUGUAUUUGGAGGAGGGCGUUAGGACGUUUGAGUUGGGGAGUGGGGCGAGAUUUACAGUCUACAGCUCUCCAUGGCAGCCUGAGUUCUACGAUUGGGCUUUCACCUAUCCUCGCCAAGUCGAUCGCUUCAACCCCAGUCCACCAGUCGUCAAAGACAAGACUGCAAAUCCUGUUCCUAACCAUCCCGAAAUCGACAUCAUGCUCACUCACGGCCCGCCCAAAGAGCUGUCAGGAGGUGCAAGCCUCGCCUUCACUGUUUUGGCCAUAUUCAUGAAGGCUGGGGUGCUGGAAGAAUUGAUUGGAGAACGAAAUCAUUUGAACAAGUGA